GUCAUUUCAUGUAAGAAGGGCAACAACCGAUGAUAUACUUGGUGUCGAAAUGCUCCUUAAAACCCUCAGCUUAAAUGAAAUUAUAUUGAAUGACUUAAAGGUCUUUAUUCUGGCUUGCAGGGAUUCAGAUGGGACCCCAGUACAGGCUUUCAUAGCGGAAGUUAUGGAUCAAAUAGCUGGCAUUUCUGUUAUUAGAGACGAAAUGGAUAUUGAGUAUAUUCAAUCACAUUACAACAUUGAAGAUUUUAUUAAUUUUAAUCACUACCACCAAAAGGAACACGGACAUCUUUACCACUUUGUCUUAAAUCCUGUAUUUCAUCACUAUACAAAACACUUUCUAAAGGAGAUUCUUCGCUUGGCCCACAAAUCUUCUCUUUACUGUCCUAUUUAUGCACAGUAUGUGGAAGGCAAGAUCGCUGUCUUUCAGUUUCAGAAUCCCUGUGCCCAUUCCCUGACAUCUGCCCUUCAUUACAUGGUUCCCGUGCGACCAAGACGACAGAUUGUCUAUCCUCUGGAAGAGCUUGGCAUAAACGCUCCAUCAGAGCAGGUCUCCAAGGAUCAGUCGAGGUAUUCUUUGAACCACAUAAAUCGAAAGCUGGUACUAGUAUCUAAAGCAUCUAUCAACACUAGAAUUGUGGUGGUUGGUGCAUCUGAUGUUGGAAUCUCUUUUCUGGAAACACUCAUUUUUUGUCCGCAUCUGAAGUUCAACAAUCUAACCUUGAUUUCAAGUCAUGGCCUUCCAGGAAAAGACCCACUGGGCUCCAGACAUAGAAGAUUUUUAAUUAACAGCCACUGUUUUAAUGAUGAAGAUUAUGCACAGAUGUCACUUUGUUCCUGGGUUAACGUUGUGGUUGGUAAAAUGACUGGCAUAAAUCGCACUGCCAAAUAUGUAGUUGUUUCCAAGGAGAAAAAGGUACCAUAUGACUACCUUGUUCUCUGUACGGGACAGAAGUACCAGGUCGUGUCUCCCACUGGAGCAGAUAUCCGUAAACUCCCAACUAAUAGAGAAGUCAUAGGUAAAUGGCCACAAAGAUACUCAGAGAAAGUCCCUUCCAAUCAUUUUACUAUCAAUGAUGAUCAGGACUGCUCAAAGGCAAUGCUCUGGCUGAAGGAAAAUGCUGUCAACUCAGAAGGGAACAUCAUUGUCUAUGGGAAUACAAUUGACAUUUACACCACGGUAGAAACCCUCUUAUCUCUUGGAAUUAAUGGUUCUCGCAUACAUCUCGUACAGCCUCCACUCAGCUCCAAUGUUACUUGCCUUAACAACAACGAAAUCGAAAGUGCUGUUCAGGAGGCACUGUCAAAGGCUGGCGUGUCUGUUUAUUAUGACAGUAUCCUGGCACAGUGGAGCAAAGGUGACGACCCAGAUCUUAUCAUAUGUGCUGGCUUCACUACUAAUACAAAACCCUUUAAAUUGCAGUGUUCAGCAUUUUUCAGCUUUGCCUAUAGGACAGUGGAUUAUGAAACCUUUAAGGCAAUCAAUGAUGCUUGCCUUGUUUUUGAUGGAAGACUUGUGAUCGAUACCAAAUUUCGCACCACUGAUGCCAGUAUCAGAGCUGCAGGUCCUUUAACAAAGUACUCCAGGAGAUAUUAUGCAGAUGAAUGGACACAUAGCAACUUCAACUCAAAGGAGAUUGGCUUUGAGCUUGCUGCAUCUAUGCUGCAUCUCUUUGAUCCAAUCCCUAAGCCCUUUUCUAAGCCCCCAGAAGGCAAAGACAGACUCAUCCUCAUGUACAAAGGGUGUAAAAUUAAAGGAGGUGUUCUUCCUGGAGGGUAUAAUUACUUGCAUAUUUCCAAACCAGAAAUCCCCAUCCGCUUGGACUUAAAACUUGCACUGUGUGAUCAUGGGAUGGAGAUUAUAACUGGAGAGGCAAAACAUGGGAAUUAUUUCAGGAUACAUACUAACAAAUAUAGUAUGGUAGAGAGUAUCACCUGCUUUUCAAAGGAACCCAUCCCUGUCUCCAACUACAUUUGCUUGUAUGGACAGCAUGAACGUCUUCUUAAUGAUUUUUAUUACCGCUGGAAUGAAGGGCAGAUUACUGAUCUUUACAG